AUGGUUCACAUUCUUCCUGGUUAUCCCAAACGAUCAGACGAUUCUCCCGAUGUAGUUCUACUGGCUUUCUACCUAAGUCUUCCACGAGGAACUUCGGAAAGCAGUGUCGUCUCUGAGAGUAUAUUACAUGAUAUCGUGAUGGGCCAUAAAGAGAACAUUCAAACAUCUUUAGGAGGUGAAAUCUCAAGUGACGAUCCUUUUCCAUCUGCCACAGAGGUACUAAAAAACGAGGAAAGCGACGAGGGAAACAGCGGAAAGUCAAAACCAACCAAAGUUAUUAUCGGCGCUUCGGUGGGAGGUGGAUUGCUGUUAAUCAUUAUUGCCGCCGUUCUGAUUGGAUGCAAAAAGAGUGACAGGUAUUUCCAGUUAGAGGAAAAAAAUAGCUUUUGUGCGUGUUCUUCGUUUUUCUACUAACACGCGCCAAGGCUGAUUAUAUAUGUUUGUCGUCUUCUUUUAGGGAAUUAGGUGGUCUUGAAAUAAUACUUUUAAUUAGUACAAUCCAACUAGUGGUCUAUCAUGAAUGCUGCGUUCUGAUUGGUUAAGCUACUACUAGGCUAUAUGUUAUAGCCCACUAGUAGCGAAAAGCGCCGGCUUUUUGGCGGCAAAAAAAGGAUUGAAGUCUAGCUUUAAGUAGCUGAGUCUUUUUUUUUUAUUAUUAUUAUUCUCGAUAUUUUUGACCAACUAGUUGGAUUUUACCAAAACAAUUAUUCCUCUCGCCCUCAUGGCCUCUAAGUCAAUAGCCCAUUCGGCCUUCGGCCUCAGGGGCUAUUGACUCAGAGCCAAUUCGGGCUCGAGGAAUAAUUGUUGAUUAUGCGUUGUUUAUUACAUUACAAUUCUCCCAGGUUUAGUAAGUGUGUGGCCAACCGAGAGGACUUAGAGGAAACGCCGCUCACAUUAAUACUGGAAAUGGAGGAUAUAAGUGAGGAUGUCAGUUCGUCUCCAGCUAAGAUUCAGCAUGGGACAAAUAGAGCUGUUAACCCGAUCCAUGAUAAACCAGUAUCCCGUCUUUAUCAUUCAUUGCCUGGGGAACCGUCUGGCGUAGCGCUAGCGAAAAAGGCCGGAAGUGAGAUGAACCCAAGUAAAUCAGGACUAAUUUAA